CCGAAGCUAAUCAUUGAAAUGCCUGAAGAUGGUGGAAAACCUAAUGAGCCCAAAAGAGGAAGAAGUAGGAAAUGUCAAAGAGGAAGCAGCUCCAAAACGGACGAAGAAACUAACGAUUCUGACAUGAUUUGCGAUCAACAUGGCGACCAAGUUGACCAAGACGACGACCAGACAAGUGCUGUUCGCUUUGAAGAAAUUAAUCAGAAGCUUGACAAGCUGUUGACUCUUUGUCCUCUAAUUGAAGACCUUAAGACCCAGCUAGCAAAGCUAAAGGAAGAAAAUACAGAGCUAAAGAAAUCAUUACAAUGAGCAAUAGACGAAGUAAACGAUUUGCGAAACAACCAGAAUGAAAUGAGAGCUGAACUAAAUAACUCCAGAGACAUGUUGCAAUAUGUCCAGCAAGAUCUCCAGAUGCAGACCAUACGCAACAUUAAAAUUGAAGCUCAGUCAAGGCGAAGUAACAUUAAAUUCUUUGGAGUGCGAGAAGCAGAAGCUGAAAGUAACCCGUACGAAACAGGGAGGAUCGUAAAACUUCUUCUUGUCAGCGAGCUCAAAAUGCCGAAGGAAGACGUGGUGAAUUUAAAAUUCGAAAGA